CUAAGGAUCAAUUAAUAUUGAAAAUUUUUAAUACAUAGUGAUUGUUAUUAUACCCCAGCUUUAAUAGAUCAUAUGAACUGCCUAUAUACUUAGUUCCUCAAUACAUACCGGCAUCGUCACCAACAAGGGCGAAACCUUUCUUAUGAGCUCUUUGGGUUGGGCACGACUAUAUUGAUAAACCAAUAUCGUUCUAAGAGGCUGAAUUCAUAAACCCGGUAUAAAGUCGGCGGAUAAACACCGGUAAAUUGCGGGGUUUGACAUCACCGCUGAAUUUCUGUUAACGCCCCACUCCCUGCCAAAGCGUCGAUGGCGAACACCUCAUUUACGUCCUAACUCAUCUUAUCCCACCAGGAAACAUUGCACAGGAUAGUGUUGGCCAUUCAAAAUGUCUACUACGGUGGAAAAGAUCAAGGAGAUCGAGGCCGAAAUGGCCCGAACUCAGAAGAAUAAAGCAACUUCAUUCCAUCUUGGCCAGUUGAAAGCAAAGCUGGCCAAGCUGAAGCGAGAACUGCUCACACCGUCCAGCAGCGGGGGAGGUGGUGGGGGUGCAGGCUUUGACGUUGCUAGAACAGGUGUUGCCAGUAUUGGUUUCAUCGGCUUUCCAUCUGUUGGUAAAAGUACUCUGAUGAGUAGACUCACUGGCCAGCACUCAGAAGCAGCAGCGUACGAGUUCACGACGCUGACAUCGGUCCCUGGUCAAGUUAUGUACAAUGGCGCUCCUCUACAGAUGAUUGAUCUUCCUGGUAUUAUUGAGGGUGCCAAAGAUGGAAGAGGCCGUGGUCGCCAGGUAAUUGCUGUCGCGAAAACGUGUCAUCUGAUUUUCAUCGUCUUGGAUGUAAACAAGCCUUUAACAGACAAGCGAGUUAUUGAAUCAGAGUUAGAGGGAUUCGGGAUUCGUAUCAACAAAGAGCCACCGAACAUUACCUUUAAGAAGAAGGAUAAAGGGGGUCUUAAUAUUACGAAUACCGUACCCUUAACACAUAUCGAUCAUGAUGAAAUCAAGGCGGUGAUGAACGAAUACCGUAUCAACUCUGCCGAUAUUGCUAUUCGCUGCGAUGCCACCGUUGACGACCUGAUCGACAUUCUGGAGGCCAGAAGUCGCAGUUACAUUCCCGUUAUUUAUGUGCUCAACAAGAUUGAUGCGAUAAGUAUCGAAGAGCUGGACCUCUUGUACCGCAUUCCCAAUGCAGUGCCUAUCAGCUCUGAGCACGGGUGGAAUGUUGAUGAGCUAAUGGAGGUCAUGUGGGAAAAGCUGAAGUUAGUACGGGUCUACACAAAACCAAAAGGCAAAAUGCCAGACUAUUCGGCACCUGUUGUCCUCCGUUCUACAAAGUGUACUGUUGAAGACUUUUGCAAUGCAAUCCAUAGGAGCAUCAUUGAGCAGUUUAAAACUGCAAUCGUCUACGGAAAAUCUGUGAAGCACCAACCGCAGCGUGUGGGGCUGUCUCAUGAGUUAGCCGAUGAAGACAUAGUAACAAUUAUGAAAAGAUGAUUCCUCUCAUGUCCAUGGAAUGUCUUCUUGCACAUUGGUCUUACGUAUGAGGGCACUUCUCAGUGAAAGCACUAUUCUGUCUCAUAGAUGGGCUUCCGUGAUAUCAUGCGACGCCGAGCCUUUGGAUCAGUUCUGGCCGCACACCACAUCUGUGCUAUAUGGACACAGUCUAGCCCACGGAAUUGUUCAUUUGUGCAAGGCUGGUGGCCGGCCUGCAUGAUCAAUAAUACGUUGUAAUUGUUUGUCGGUCCACGGGUCGGGAACGAGACCGCAGCCGAUUGCGGUACGCUACGGGCAGAUGGCAAGCAUCUGAUUUCUCGAUAGGGCACGAGCCAGGAUUCGCGCGAUAAAUUCCAUUAUCAUGAAAGCCUGCGUUGGUAAAAACUAGCUCUUGGUGCAUCAAUGAUUGGGUCAUCCUUCACGUCUAGUUGCUAUUCCAACCGCGAGGGGAUGAGUGAUAUGAUUACCUCACUACUUACAACUGAAUUGAAGCUGCUUAGGCUAGUCUAGGGGCGCAUGCCCUUGCUAAGAAGAAGCAUUGUGCACAUGCAUGCCUAAUAAAGACUGGGGCAGGGAGAGAGGGAUGAUCAAGUACAACACUAAGCGAUACUUAAAAGCAAACAAUAUGAUUAUCGUUGUUACUCCUAUUUGUAUUUGUUCGCAUGUUCCGACUUUGCUCUGUUCACCUUGUUGUAUAGUUGGUCUAUGG